ACAAUGGACCUUGGGAGCAGAGGAAGAAUCCACUGCAACAUGAGACUCACCUGCUCUCUGCUAAUCAUGGGAGCAUUCUGCGUGACACCCUUCCUCUGCCAUAGCCAAAUUGAUCCACUAGCUCUUGGGCGAGCAGACCCCCAGUGUUGGGAAUCCUCCUCAGCUGUCUUACUGGAGAUGAGAAAGCCUCGCAUUUCUGACUCUGUCAGUGGCUUUUGGGACUUCAUGAUCUUCCUGAAAUCAUCAGAGAACUUGAAACAUGGGGCUCUGUUCUGGGACCUGGCUCAGCUCUUCUGGGAUAUCUAUGUGGACUGCGUGCUCUCCAGAACCCAUGGCCUAGGGAGAAGGCAGCUAGCAGAAGCUGAACAGAAGAGUACUACUCUACGUUCUCAGUUCACAGGGAGAAACCAAGGGAUAUUUUCUCAUAUUCAGAGGUCGACAGUUCUGAAGAAGAAAGACUCAUUUGAAGAUUUAACAAGUAUCCACAUGCAUAUGAGUAGAUCUAUAUUACUUGGAAGAAUCAUUGGAGAGCUAGGGAAAAAGAGGAAAUUACACAUUUAGUCCAAGAUCUUGAUUUGUAGAUAUUUUUUAACUACUUCUCUUUAAUUUUUGCAUUUUAAUCCUCAUUGAUGUUAAUUUACAUGGUGGAAGAAGGCCUAUAACUAUGAGCACUGUAUCUCUGAUUAACUUGUAUUUGUGUUUUUUUUUAAUUACCUAUGAAUUCAGUCUCCUUAAUAAACUGCAUGAUUUAUAAGCA